GUCCGUCUCACCUGAUAAUAACGAAAAAUAUGAAUAUGGCCGACCCUCUUCUCAAGAAUCGGGUCCUACGAAAAUUCAACAUGUACAGGAACAAAUAGACAGUACACAGAGUGAAAUUCAUAAGUCACUUUUUGAUAUGGCCAACCGAGGAAAAAAAUUGGGUGACUUGGAAGAACAAACGGCAAUGUUACAGGAGACCUCUAACGUUUUUAAGCUCCGAUCAAAACAAACUCGUGCUAAAAUGUGGUGGAAAGACACAAAAUGGACUAUUAUUCUUGUGAUCUUCGACAAAUAUCCACAUACUGAACAAAACUUUCUUGGUGGGUAUCUAGACGGUCCUGCUACAGCUGUGAGAUAUGUAGCUAAAAUGUGGUCCCCCAAAUUAUUAAAUCGUCUUCCAGCAGGAAAAUAUCGUUUAUCUUUGAUCGAUAAACAGAUGGCAGUUAGUGCAGCAAAAGCGAUUAAUAUUCCAAAUAAUGCUACGGUAAUUGAAAUAAAUUCCGGUUUAGGAUUUCUUACGCAUGCUCUACUUAAUAAUACCAACGCUAAAAGGAUAAUCGCAUUAGAUAAUGAUAAAGAUUGUGUGGAGAAUCUUGCGCGAUUAGCUGAAGAAUCUUCUGGCAGAUUAGAGGUUAUACAAGCUGAGAAUAACAUUGUUUCAAAAUUUGCAUCAAACAAACUUGAAGCAAUCUGUACGUGGUUACAAAAAGAGAAACUUGCUGAUAUGCAAAUAUAUCCAUGGGAAGAAGUUCAUCCAUCGUUUGUUUCCAUAUUUCAUCUACCAGAUAGAAUGAGUGGUGAUUAUUUGUUGAACCAGAUCAUGCAAGAUUUUUAUAAUCGAUCUGGAUUUCAGGCAUACGGACGCGUUCGGACAAAUGUGUUCUUGCCUGCGUACUUGUAUGAG